GGAGCAGGAGACGCCACCGUUGCUUUUGGGCUCUUGAUAUAGCAAUACUGUUUUGGCGAGGACAUCUGUCCCCUCCCCCGCUCUAUGUGUGCGACGACGCGUCGGCAGACAAUAUGAGCGAUUCCGUGCAGACACCCCCGAGCGCCCCCGAUGCUGCCGAACAGCAUCCUCCCGAGUUGAUGGCUCCCGAGGUUGCGGAGAAGGCUGACCUGAGGAAGGAUGCAUCGACACCUGCGGAUACCCCCUCGAUCAACCUGAAAACGCUCACAGACCGGACCUUACAUUUCUUAGCGACGGCGAGCAAUGAAACCCUCGGGGCGUGCUUGAUAGGGCUCGGCGCUGGAACAUAUCUUGUGCUGGGGAGAGUUGGGCUCCUGCUAAUUGGCGUCAUGGGCGGGGUUGUCUUGCAUGCAUCUUGGGAGGGCCACGUGAACAGCAUUGGUGAGAACAAAGGUCAAAGCCAGGAGGCGCGAAAGCGAGAGCUGGGCAUCGAUGUGGUUCACCGCGUGCUCGAUUGGCGGGACAUUGCAGUGAAGGGAAAUGAGAAGAGCUCGGAUGACGAUUCCAAUAUGGAUGUGAAGCUAUACUCCGGGAAGGAGUUAGACUAUUCCGAGUUCCGACCAGAGACCGCUGCCGCCCUCACAGAGCUCACCGAUGCGGUUAUCAGAGACUACGUCAAGUGGUGGUACUCGCCCAUUCUACCAACUGAAUUAUCAUUCCCUUCCGCCUGCCGCCAGACCUUGACAGCCUUUCUCCUUUCCAUUUCCGCGCACCUUUCAAGAAAGCGUCCGGCUGACACGUUCGUCGAUUUUGUAACCAACUCGUCCUCGAUUAUGAUCGUGUUCUUCAACGAGCUUUCCGUCGCGCUAGCAGCUACCCCAGGAACAUCCGCCUCCGAAGCCAUCGAUGCAUACCUUGAAUCUAAGCCCGAAAGCAGCUUGGGAAAUAUUCUUGACACACAAAAUCAGUCCAAGAAGUUGGAUAUGGUUGCCGAAGAUAUCUUACAGAACUAUUUAGACCCAAAGACGUACAAUUGCAAGCCUGCACAAAUCUUCUUGAGGAAGGUCCUUGCGCAGCUUAUCUUGGAUAUGACAAUUUCGACCUGUUCGAAACCCGACUGGAUUAAUGGCUGGAUAGUUUAUCUCCUUGAAGACGGUGAGCCGGAUCUCAUCAAUGUCAUCGACGCAGGCGUUGAAGGCUCUUCUGGUCAGCUAGAGAAUGUAAAAAAUGCAGUCGAGAAACAGGAGAAGGCUGUAGAGACCGAGGCCUCACUGGAGGAAAAGAGAAACGUCGCGAAUCACAAGCGAGUGGUAAGCAGAGCGCAGGAAGCUAUGGAUGAAGCCAUGCGGGAAGCGCAAAGGCUCAGCCAAAUGAUCGCAGAGGAUGAUGCGAGAAGAUUGAAAGAGCUGCGGAACACUUCCAGUACUACCUCGAAUGAUGAUCAAUCCGAAAGUACGACCCAGGGCAUUGCCACACCAACAUCAUCGCAGAGCGAGACGCUGGCGGACAACGAUGUCACGGAUCUCGGCAUAUCAAACAUUCCCUCCAUGGCUUCGUCACAGGUUGGGCCACCAUCACCUAACAUGCCAGAGGAACCACCUAAGCAAGAGCCCAAACAUUCCUUCACAAGCUUCGAUCAACUAGUGCCAAGCCAACCACCCACGGCUCUUAUGGCCAACCCCCCGCCAGUCGAGAAGCCUCCUCCAUUAACCCUUCACAACUCGAAGAUGUCCAUUUUCGACGACUCAAUGCCCGGAGAAAAAGCGAUCAUCAAAAACAAGCCCACAGCUGAGUAUCUUAUCCAGAUCGAACCGGCUUCGCAAUAUCACUCCGGAUGGAUGACCGCCCGAAAAUUUACCGAUUUUGAAACACUGCACGAAGUCUUACGCCGCAUUGCUGCUAUUACGGGCACUACGGGUUUCACAGAGGCGCAUUCUACGCUUCCGGCGUGGAAAGGCCAUACUAAAGCGUCACUUCGUGGAGAGCUCGAGAGGUACCUCAAUGAUGCUGUUCGAUUCAAACCUCUUGCGGAAAGCGAGGGCAUGAAACGCUUCUUGGAGAAAGAGACUGGCCUCCAAAAAUCCUCCGGAGGGAAAGGGGGGUUCCCUGGAAUUGGUUGGCCUGGCCAAACCUUUGAGAACAUGGGCAAAGGCAUGAUUGAUGUCCUAACUAAAGCUCCUAAAGAAGUAGCUGGUGGGGGAAAGGCUCUCUUUGGGGGCGUUACUGGAGUUCUAGGCAAUGUGGCCUCACCUCUUGGGGGGAACAAAAAGAAUAGGGGGGACUCAGUAUCCAAUAGCCCUGGUACCCUAUCUCGCUCUGUCACAACACCUACUCCAAGGCACGGACGCGCUGAAAGUACCGUGUCAGAACUUCCGUCGCAUAUUCGCACCGAAAGUACGAUGUCCUCCUUAAAGCGCCCCAGCACAGACUCGCUUCGAAACCCCAAUUCCCCAAUCAUUGAUCAACAACCCGGCCGAGAGGCACCAAUGGAACGCCGUCCGAGCUACAACCCCGACGGCGACGGCAAACGAUCCGGUCGCUCUUCCAUCUACGGCCAAUCCCGCAGUAACAGCCGCGCGCCUUCAGUAAGAGAAAGCAUGGAUCUCUCCCCCGUCAUGGGCGGCGACCAGCUCAUGAAUCUCCCACCCAUGCCCUCCGACAUUCCUGAUGACUACACUAGCUCUCCCGUCCGCUCAUCUCUCGACCCCUAUCACUCGCGGCACCCAUCCCGUGCAUCCACAACCUCCCUUCCUCUCCCUAACGAACCUGUUCCACCGUUCCCACGCCGUCCAUCGGCAACAUCAACCACCUCCUCCAACCCUACCAAACCCCAACCCAAACCCACAUCUCCAAAAUCCUGCCCUCCGCUUUCUGAACAAGAAACCACUGUCCUAGUCGAACUCUUCUUCGCUGUAAUCAACGAACUCUACACGCUAUCUUCUGCCUGGCAAAUCCGCCGCACCCUCCUUAACGCAGCAAAAACUUUUCUCUUACGCCCGGGAAACCCGCAACUCGAAUCCAUCCGCCAGCUCAUUUCCACCACCGUUCUCGACGACAACACAUCUGAUGCUGGCCUCGCGUACCAUUUACGCAAAAUUAGGGAGAACACGCUGCCGACGGAGGACGAAUUAAAGGCGUGGCCGAAGGAGAUGAGUGGCGAAGAGAAGGAACGGUUGAAGGUGAAGGCAAGGAAAUUGCUUGUUGAGAAGGGCAUGCCUCAGGCUUUGACCAGUGUGAUGGGUCAGGCGGCGAGUGGAGAGGCCGUUGGGAAGGUUUUUGAUUGUUUACAGGAUAGGAGGGUCGCGAGAGGGAUGGUGUUUGGGUUGCUUUUGCAGGGGAUGCGGGCAGUGACGCAGUAGGAAGGGCGGGUACGUGGAGUGGGUUUCAUUGGAUUGUGUCAUAGAAUGUUAAUAGUGGUGUGGGGUUGGGUUAGCUUGUACACUUACUAUUUGGAUUUUGGAUAGCAGGGAUUCGGAGCUACGGCUAUUAUAUUAAGGAUGCGGAGCAUGAAUAUGUGGGCUUUGGGGUGUUGGCUUCACCAUUUUAGUUAUUUAACAUGAUACAAUGUUGAGUUCAGGUAGUACUUCUAAUUAUACUAUCAG